AUGUCGUGGGAAGGCUAUACCUUGCGGUCGCUCCAGCACGCGAAUCCUGCCUUCGUCCCGACCUUUCUCUAUGGCACAGCGUGGAAAAAGGACCGAACAGGGGACUUAGUGCAUCAGGCAAUCAGUACCGGCUUCCGCGCCGUGGAUACAGCAGCUCAGCCAAAACAUUAUCGAGAAGACUUGGUGGGUGAAGGCAUACGUAAGGUUCUCAGUGAUGGAAUUGUUCGUCGCGAAGACUUAUACAAUCCAGAUGAUAUGCCAUAUAAUCCCAAUAACAGCCUAACUGAUCAGGUGCACUCUUCGGUGAGGUCGUCCUUCUACAACCUUCGCCCGUCCGCUGAGCCUGAAAGUGCCGAAGAGACGUAUAUCGACACUCUUGUACUUCACUCUCCUCUGCCAACGAUGGCUCAGACAAUUGAGGCGUGGUCAGCUCUGGAGACAUAUGUUCCUCAUCGCAUACGCCACCUAGGCAUCUCGAAUACCACGCUCUCAGUAUUGAGAGAGCUUGUCUCUUUGGCCAAGGUAAAGCCCGCGGUAGUGCAGAACCGGUUCUACGCUGGGACCCAGUUCGACGUUCCACUCCGUGCGUACUGUCGCGAGCACGAGAUCUUGUAUCAGAGUUUCUGGACGUUGACGGCGAACCCGGAGCUGGUUCGUUCCAGGCCGGUCAUCGCCCUCGCCAGAGAUGCAGGAAUCUCUUCAGUUGCAGCAUUGUACGGCCUUGUCCUGGGCCUUGGGCAGACCACAAUCCUAAACGGGACCACCAAAAAGGAACACAUGGAGGCAGAUCUGAACGCACUCAAGAGCCUGGCGCUGUUCUCCAACGAAAACCCUGAAGAGUGGCAGAAUAUCCUUGAGGAUUUCGAGCAGCUUACAGGAGACCAUGUCUACUUGCAAUGA